GCCCCAGAACCCAAAUCCGAGACGCGACAGACGCCGUGCACUCGUGAGACGGGUCCCACAAGUGCACAAGGCUCGGAACUUAUCCAAAUCACAAAAUCUCAUGAAUAAAAUCAACCUUACAAAAGGAUGAUAAAAUCUAAAACUUAUACCCCAAUUGAAUGGCUAGCCUUCUAACUCGUCACUCCCCUCGGUUUCCCCGUCCUCGGUUUCGCUUCCUGAAAUGGUGGACAAGGAAAACUAUGAGAUAACUCAGUAAGUAAAUACGGAUAGCCCUUGGGUAAAACUUUUAAGCAUGCCAGAUAAACAGUUUAAUAUAACCAAAACGCUCAGUGACAAAAUCAGAUUCAGUUUAAUUGCAAAGCAUUCAUGACAAACCGUUAAUGCAGAAGAAAACUCAGUUCAGUAGUCUCAUCUAUAAGUCAUGGCCAGUGUUUACAAACUCCCACUGGCAGGCGUCAGUAAUGGUGCCAGUGUUUAACACACUCCCACUGGCAGGCGUCAGUAAUGGUGCCAGUGUUUACACACUCCCACUGGCAGGCGUCAGUAAUAGUGCCAGUGUUUAGGCGUCAGUAAUAGUGCCAGUGUUUACACACUCCCACUGGCAGGCGUCAGUCAUCAUGACUAUAUCCGAGACAAAACCAUGCAGGAUUUUCAAAAAUCCAUAAUUCACAAUCAAUCUCAAAUCUCAGAAACAAACCAGAAAAUUUCCAUGUGACCAUGGAUUUAACAGAAAACUCAGAAUUUGCAAACUCUUAGUUCAUCAAAACAGUUCCGUCAAUUCCCAAAUAGGCAUGCUCUAUUCCAGAAAAACAAUGAAAUUCUCAUUUUCAUUUCUCAAUCAUGCUCAUUUCCAGA